UAAUAUCAUUUUUUGUCAUUUUCAAUUGCUUGGUUUUCGUGAAAUUAGCCUGUUUUCCUAUUAAAGUGUAACAUCUCCACACAUCAUCUUAAAGGCUUCGGAAUCCCCCCAUUGUAGUUAAAACUGUAAAAACUAGGGCCCCCAAACAGCAUCUUGCACAGGGCCCCCAAAAACCUAGAAACGGCCUGGGUAAAUCAUUUACUUUUUACUCCACUGAGCUGUAAAAUGCAUCGUCAUGAAGCUGAAAACAGGGCUGUGGACAUAUGGCAAAGUACAUGACAUAUGAUGAUCUUAAGGAAUAUGAUGCAUUGCUGUAGAUUGAUCUGUCCGGGAUAGGUGUUGAAUGCAGGACUUUCACUUCAGUAAAGGACCUAAAUACUUCUUCCACCACUGCUGUCCAGUGAUGCCUAACCUAACCUGUCUGUCUGCUGUCUGUCUCUCAGUGUAUUUUGAGGACACUCUGCUGGCAGUGUGGCGUCACGGCUGGCAGAGGAGAGGACAGGGUUUCACUGAGGUGCUAGAGGAGACCACGGACCCCAGGAAGACCUACAGACUGGUGCAGUCAGACAGGAUGGUCGUCUUGGAGACGCGUCAGAUCGAUGACCAGACGGGGAUGUCCAACCUGUACGUCCUGGAAAUAGCGGAGAACUACGUCAUGCUGCCCUGACUCUCCGUCUGCCGGCGAAGGGCAUCAUGGGAGACUCCAGAUUAUAUGUGAAUGUCUCCGCAGGACUCUGAUCUGUCAUCAGUGACUUUGAUGAGCAUGGAUGUCACAGUGUUUUAAUUUCUAAUGAGAGGAGAGGAGAGAAGUCAGAAAGAAAUGAUAGCAUGAUGUUGCAAGGG